UGGCAGUCUUUGUAGGACUCACUAGUUUUCCAGGAUUCCCCUAAAUAUAACAUAGAAAUUUUAUUUAAAUUCCUCAUUUCUCCUUUGCAUUUCCCUUUCAAAAUGCUGCAGCUUAAUCAACUGCUGCGCAUUUUUAGUGUACUAACUAUGAUUUCUAUAUCAACUCUACAAGCUAAAAAAUCAGAUAAUAGACGCUUUAUUGUGGACAUAGAGGAUAUCAAACCUUUUAAGAAGCUUCAAAGAACUCAUACAAACUUAUUGGUAUUGUUUAGUAAAUCAGACAAAGAUGCCUCCAAGCGCAUGGGACUACUUGGAGAUGUUGCCAAGGAGAUCAAGGGGAAGGGAACGAUAGCAUAUAUCGAUUGUGGUACUAGUAAAAAAUUAUGCAAGAAGCUGAAAGUAACACCCAAGCCAGUUUCUCUCAUGCAUUACAAAGAUGGAAAAUUUAAUAAAGAAUAUGACCGUAAAAAUACCUUCAAGUCCAUGAUGAGUUUUAUGAAUAAUCCAACUGGUGAUAGACCCUGGGAAGAAGAACCAGGAGCUGAAGAUGUUGUUCACAUAGRAAAUGAAACACAACUAAACAAGGUAUUUAGAAGGGAAAAGAAGCCAGUCCUCAUAAUGUUCUAUGCACCAUGGUGUGGAUUCUGUAAGAAGUUCAAGCCAGAGUUUGCAUCAGCAGCAACUGAACUCAAGGAUGAUUCAGUGCUAGCUGGUAUGGAUGUAGACACCGAAGAAGGAUAUAGUACACGCAUGAAGUACAACAUCACUGGAUUCCCAACAAUUAUCUACUUUGAGAAAGGAGAUGAAAAGUUUAGAUAUUCUGGCAAAUAUGAAAAGGAAGCUCUCAUUGAGUGGAUGAAAAACCCCACAGCCCCGCCUCCACAGGACAAGGAAGAGGAGUGGAGUGAUGUCCCAAGUGAUGUGGUUCACUUGAAAGAUGACACUUUUGAUGGAUUUAUGGAAAACAACCCAUCUGUUCUUGUCAUGUUUUAUGCUCCAUGGUGUGGUCACUGUAAGCAGAUGAAGCCUGAGUAUGUAGACGCUGCCAAGACCCUCAAGGAUGAAGGGGUUAAAGGUGUCCUUGCUGCAGUUGAUGCAACAAAGGAGGUAGCACUGGGCAAGAAAUUCAAAAUUGAAGGCUAUCCAUCUGUGAAAUAUUUCAAGGAUGGAAAAUUGGAAUUUGACGUCAACGAGAGAAAAGCUGACAGGAUUGUGUCUUUUAUGAAAGAUCCCAAAGAGCCUCCACCGCCACCCCCUCCUGAACCAGAAUGGAGUGAUGUUGCCAAAGACGUUCAUCAUUUAACUGAUGAAAACUUCAAAGGCUUCCUCAAGAAGAAGAAGCAUGUGUUUGUGAUGUUUUAUGCCCCAUGGUGUGGUCACUGCAAAAAUGCCAAACCUGAAAUUGUUACUGCUGCUGAACACCAUAAGGAUAACAACAAGAUUGCUUUUGCUGGAGUUGACUGCACCAAGUAUCCUAGUGUUUGUGAACUAUAUGGUGUUCAAGGGUAUCCAACAUUCAGAUAUUUUAACUAUGGAAAGAAAGACUUUAAAUACACUGGAGGCCGAACCUCAAAGGAUUUCAUCAAGUUCAUGGAAGAUCCAAGAGAAGGACCUCCCCCUCCCCCUCCAGAACCUCAGUGGAGUGAUGAACCUAGUAAUGUCCAACAUUUGACUGAUGAUGAUUUUGAUGAAUUCAUCAAAGAACAUGAUUCAGUCUUGGUCAUGUUCUAUGCUCCCUGGUGUGGUCAUUGUAAGAGUAUGAAGCCUGCCUAUACAGAAGCAGCUGAGGAAAUGCAAUCCAAAAAGAUGAAAGGUGUUCUAGCUGCCGUCGAUUGCACCAAGCACAGAAAAGUUGCAAAGAAAUUUGAGAUCAGUGGCUUCCCUACUAUUAAAUACUUCAGCGGAGGAAAAUUUGCUAGUGAUUAUGGAAGAGCAAGAACAAAAGAUGAGCUGGUUGAUUUUAUGGACAAUCCUGAAGAUAAGCCUAAAGUGCCAAAGGAAGAUAAGAAACCUAAAGAAGGAACAUGGGCUGCAGAAAACAAAGAUGUCGUACAUCUGGAUGAUGAGUCAUUUGAUGAAUUUGUAAAGAAACAUUCAUCAGCAUUAGUGAUGUUCUAUGCACCUUGGUGCCCACACUGCCAGAAAUUGAAGCCUGCUUAUGGGGAAGUUGCCAAGGAGAUCAACACUGACAAAAAGAUUGAAGGUGCAAUUGCUGCUGUAGAUUGUACAGAAGCUAAAACAUUAUGCAGUAAGCAUGAAAUCAAGGGAUACCCAACAUUACAAUAUUUCAAUCAUAGAAAUGGAGAAUUCCAAUUCAAAUACACUGGCAAAAGAUCUGCAGAAGGCUUUAGAGAGUUCAUGAAAGAUCCUAAGAAGCCCAAACCGCGGCCGCCACCAGCAGACUGGAGCAAAGAAGAUUCGAAAGUGGUGUUCUUGGAAGACGAAACAUUCAAUGACUAUAUUGCUAAUAACUCUGAUGUGCUUGUAAUGUUUUAUGCCCCAUGGUGUGGACAUUGUAAUGCAAUGAAGAAGGACUACUAUGCUGCUGCUAAAGUCAUGGAUAAUGAAAAUCCUGAUGUUAAAUUAGCUGCUGUGGACUGCACUAAGAACAGGAAGGUUGCUGGACAAGUGAAGAUCAGUGGAUAUCCUACAGUCAAACUUUUCAAAAAAGGCAAGGAAUUCAAGGAAUAUGAAGGGGACAGAAGCAUGUUGGAUGUGGUGCACUUCAUGAGAGAUAAUGCAGGAAGUGAUGACAAAACUGCAUUGGAGAAGCCUAAUCUUAUCAAGUCCCUGACAAAAGAAACAUUCAAACAGUUCCUAAAGGACACUGAGCAUGUGCUGGUCAUGUUCUAUGCACCUUGGUGUGGUCAUUGUAAGCAAGCCAAGCCAGAGUUUGAAAAAGCUGCAGAGGUGUUUAAAACUCAACCACAGAAGGUGUUUGCUAGUGUUGACUGUACUAAACACGGAGGACUUUGUAAUGAUGAGGAUGUGAAUGGCUACCCCACCCUCAAGAGCUACUAUUAUGGCACCUAUGUGGUUGAAUAUGAUGGUGGCAGGGUUUCAGAAGACUUUAUUUUAUUCAUGGAAGAUCCACCCCUCCCUUAUGUGCCUAAAGAUCAAGUCACACCAGAAGAUAAAGUAGAGGAAAAACCUGCACAGCCUGAAGAACCUGUACAACCAGAAGAACCUGUACAACCAGAAGAACCUGUACAACCAGAAGAACCUGUACAACCAGAAGAACCAGGACAACCAGAAGAACCUGGACAACCAGAGGAGCCUGCAGAAUCAGAGGAACCAGUUCAACCAGAAGAGCCUGCAGAACCAGAGGAAACAGUGCAACCAGAGGAACAUGGACAACCAGAAGAGCCCACUCAAGCAGAAAUACCAGAAGAACCUUCACUACAAGAACCUGUGCAUAAGAAAAAAGAAGAGUUGUAAAGAAUAGUUAUUAAAUUUAUAAACAUACCAUCUUGUACACUCAGGCCGAGAGCUUUUUUUCUUCCCAAUCAGUCCAUGAUGCCCUAUUUCAUGUUGCGUAUAUGCCACAUGAGCCGUAAUAAUUUUAUAGGAUACCUUCCUGGUUUUGCAUCUUUACUAUUUUUGACAUUGUACUUGCAGACCAUACAUUGAAGUGACAUAUUCUCUUUUCACAACUGUCAGCCUAGUCCUACACAACCACCACUUGAGUGUCUUGGGUUCUUGUGGUUUAAGAAGGAAUUUGAUUGACAAGUUGGAGUGCUUGGUAAAGCAAGUCAAUAGUGGACUUACUCACCUUGUUAUGUACAACAUUGUUUGUCAACAUACCAGCUAGAAAUGGCAAUUAUUUCUGUCGACAGCAGUAUAAUAUUAGAGUGUUUUUACUUCGCCAAUGAAUUAUUAUUUAAUGACUAACAGUCAAGUAUAAUGAAAGAAAGCAAUGGAAUUUUUGUCUACUAAUAAGUAUUAAGUUGGCUAUUCUUUCAUGGGCAAAGGAAAAUCACUCUAACAUUGUAUAGACCAAUACUACCCUUUGCGAGCUACCGUGAGGCGUGACGUGCCAGUUUUUUAAGAAACGUUUGAAACUUUGUUAGCUUGUCAAAACUGUCAAGCAACAUACUUUCGAAGCGGCGCCACAAACUUUUUCUUUUCUCAAAGAAUCUUCAAAGUUUUACAGCCCCUCUGUAGUACAGUCUGUAGUGCGUCACACUUCAUGGUAGCUCACAAAUGGUAGUAAGCCUCCCAUUACCACAGGAAUUCCAACACUAUCAAAACGAAAAAUAUAUACCUAAAGCUAAAUACUAGAUUUUUAUCCAAGUAUUAAAAUAAUUAUUGAAUUUAAAGCAGAUGUACAGUGAAUUGUACACAAAUGUUAUCUAUAAUAAUGUUAAGUCAGCUAUUUGGCUCUGAAAAAUUUAUAAAUUUAGUAAUGAGAAUUCCAAUAUUGCUUAUAGAGUGGUUUUCAAAAACCUGUGAAACAAGGUGUAAUAACUAAGGUGUAAUAAAUUGUAAUACACUGAAAACACAAAAGAAAAUCAAAAGAAAAUGCAGACAAUAAAGUGUACUAAAGUGUAAUACGCUAAAGUGUAUUUCACGGGUUUUUGAAAACCACUCUAAUAUUAUUUUUGAAAAUCUUACCAAAUAAUAAAACAACUUCUUAGAAUCUUAAUAAUGAGCUCUAAAUAUAUUUCCCCAAAAAAAAAACAAUGCAGCAGAACCUCUAUUUAGCAGCUUAAGUUGUCCCUCAUGCAUUACCCCAGAGGAUUUUUGCAGUCUUAUUUUCCAGGAUUGAUACAGAGGUUCUGCUGUAAUAUUUGUGUAGUCAAAAACAAUAUUAGAGUUUGUUUAGGUCAUAAUAAAAAUGUAUAAAUUCAA